UGUCCUGAGCAGUCGCACGGCUCCAACGGUGGCUGAAGAGGCUCCGAGCGCACACAUCAUGAAACUGCUGGUCGCGGUUCUCGCUCUGGCGGCGGCAGCCUCCGCCGGCAAGCUGUACUCAACGAACGACCCGCACUGCCCCCCGAGGGACGCCGCGUUCCCAGUCUACUUCCGCGACUCCGACGACUGUGCCGUCUUCUACCAGUGCAGCAACGGCGCCGCAUACAAGUUCGACUGCCCGCAGGGCACGCUCUUCGACACGAACCUCAACGUCUGCAACUGGCCUGCCGCCGUCGACUGCGACGAUGGCUCUGGAGACGGCUCGGGCGAUGAGGACGAUGACAACGUCGACCCCGUGGAGCCCGUGGAUCCCGAACCCGAGCCCAAGCCCGAGCCCAAGCCCGAGCCCGAGCCCGAGCCCAAGCCCGAGACCACGACCAAGCCCAAGCCCAAGACUACGCCCAAGCCGAAGCCGCAGCCGCCGAAGCCAAAGCCCGAGCCGGUGAAUCCCGACGACGACCUGGACAGCCAGUGCGCCAACGUGCCUCACGACGUCUUGGUGCAGAUCCCCCACCCCACCGAUUGCUCCAAGUUCUACAAGUGCGCCCACGGAAAGGCCUGGAUCCAGUCGUGCCCGGGGAACCUGCUCUACAACAAGGCCGAGCGGGUGUGCGACUACCCGGAGCGGGCGGGCUGCGAUGAGCUGCUCGAGUACCACAAGGCCUAAACCCGCUCCGAGCCACCAGACCGCGGUCAUGCAAGCAGGCCGCCAGUCAUGGGACACGAGCCCAGGUCGCUUCGGAUGACCUCGAGCCACUGUAGCUAGCCUGAGGCCACUGCGAUAGAACUCGUGUCAGUAUAGCUGGCCUCGUGUAGCCGUGGUUUACUUCAGUUCACUGCGGCUUGACACCGGGGUCGCUCUGCUUGACAUCAGGCUUCUGCAGUUGACCGCAGGCUGCUGGAGUCGUCAUGUUGGUUACGUCAACCCGCCAAUAUAGCGAACCGAGUGGAAUUGAUGUUCUACAACUUGCCUAAGAAACUGUGGACGUGUUAGCCUGGUCAUCAGGACCGAAGAAAAUUGACUGAAAUGAAUGAACACAUUGAACUUGCAACGAUACCAUUGCUGCUUAGAGGUCAUGAGAAAUCAUCACUGCCACGCAUGGAUAUUGAUCAUGCAACCAGCCAGCAUCGCUACACUGCCGCACUCAACAUUCAAAAAUAUUCAGACAGCAAACGGACGAAUAACAUGUCAUGGUGCUACAAAAUUAAAGCAUAACGACGACGGCAUAAAACUGCGAAAACGGAAUGCACAUUACCGUUAGAAUGAGAAUGGCUUCUGCACGUGACUGACUUCUGCUUUGAUGCAGGCAACGAGCGCCGAAAUCAAUUGCUUGUCGCCUUUGCUGUGACUGCUAUGUUACCAUGUACUGCAUGUACCAUAUACCUAUGCACUUACAGUCCACGGACUAAUGUGCACAUGCACUCCACCAUCUCCAGGCACUAUUUAUCGUAGCUGGAGCAUGGUUUGCCACUCACGUCUCCAUAAAAGAUUACUUUGUGUCUGUUUAACCGUUGUAAAAUUGUGUCCUUGACUCUCAAUCAAUACAAUUUCGGGCAUUGCUGA